AUCCAUCUUCUGGAACAUGAAGUUGUCUGCCUUUAAUUUGAUUGCCACGUUGGCUGCGUUGUUUUUAGCCGGCAGCACCACCGCGGAAAUGCCAGCCGGCCUGCAGAAGCUGUUUGACGAAACCACGCUUCCGUGCACUCCGCGAACCGUCACCAAUCACCCCUGCUACUUUUGCAAGUGCAACGUGCACGGAACGCGCCAGCACUGCAUCUACACGUGCAACCCGACCAGUGGCAAUCCGCUGCUUCCGGGCACCAAGAUGUGCACCGCCACCGAUCACUUCGAGCUGGGUUGCCACCGGUGCCGGUGCAGCAAGGGUCAGCUGUUUUACGAGUGCAAUUUGACGCUGUAUUGUUCCGGAAGUGGGGCAGUUUCCGAGGGCGAAAAUGAUUUUUGAAUAAAGUGCG